AUGGUCUGUACAAAAAACAUCAGAUCCCCUAAAACUUCGGCUGCAGUGACGUACGCCAUUAUGCUGACUUUAGUAACAAUACUAGCCGCCAAGAACCCCCAUCAAGCCACUAUUUAUACGUGGCAGUUAGCUCGCACCAUUGAUGGAACAGUGAUCAGCCGAAUUAGCAACCCUGGCAGCCCUAAAUUUGUUUUUGACCCAUGUAAACUCUUUGGGAAAACCUGGAAUCUACCACAAGCUGUGAAUACCUAUUUGGGAGGGGGAAGGGCAGGGCUUAGGGGCUUCAGUUGUGGUAAUUUAGACCUGGAACAAGGGCUACGGUAUAGUCAACAUUACAUCUGUCUGCAAAAAAGUGCCUUAAUGUGUGGGGGAGAGGAUGAUUAUUUCUGUUACAGUUGGGGCUGUGAAACCAUAGCCCCAUGGAAAAAUGUAGACUGUUUAUUAAAGGUCACAAGGGAGACAAGGCCAGAAGCUCCUAUUAAAGAUUGUGCAAUUGGGAACUGUAACCCUGUUACUUUUAAACCACAGCAGUAUUGGGAAGAUUCCCAGUGGUUGGGGGGAAAAAUGUGGGGAUUGCGCCUAUAUGUAUCAGGAUAUGACCCUGGAGUGUUAUUCACUAUUCAAAAAAGAAAAAUUCCUAAACCCUUAAAUCCAAUAGGCCCCCUGGACCCCAUCAACAUCAAAAUACCUGUAACAACUACUCCUUUCCCACUUACCCGUCCUUACUCCACCACAAAGAGCUGUCCCUUAUCUCCAAAAGCAACUCCCCUUCCUCCACCUCCAAACUCCCGACAAGAGUCUCUAUUCAAUACACUUAAACUCAUGUUCAAAUUCUUAAACCAAACUUCCCCCAACUUAACUAAAGACUGCUGGCUAUGCCUAAACCCCGAACCACCCUAUUAUACAGGCCUAGGAGCUAACCGUAGUAUAGGAAACCCCUCUCCAAGUUGCACAGUAGCCUUGAAAAACAACAGCCUUGGAACAAUGGUAGCUGUGACAAAACAGCAGCCUAGCAGCCACAGCUGGCGAGGGUUGUCUGGGAAUGCUGCUCUGCUGCCUUCUACGGGGAGCUUAACUUGUCCCGCCCGCUGCCCGGAUGGGACCGCCAGAGUUCAGAAAGGAGAUGUGGCAUUACUAAACUGUACAGCCGUCGUGAAAACCAGCAAUGAGACGCUUACAGAUAAAAAUCCUGUGUCAAAAAGUAUCUUCAUUCUUGCAGGUCCUGAUUUGAAGGAAGACCUUCAGAAACUUAAACGUUGUCAGACAGGUGAAGCAAAAUUGACAAAAGGAUUUAAUCUAGCUGCCGGAUUCAUCAUUCACACAGUGGGACCUAAGUACAAAAGCCGCUAUUGCACAGCAGCUGAGAGUUCCCCGUACAGCUGCUACAGAAAAGUACUUUAGCUGGCAAAAGAGCACUCAAUGUCUUCCAUUGGAUUCUAUGUCAUCAAUUCUGCAAAACAAGCUUAUCCUUUAGAGAAUGCAACACACACUGCACUUCGCACUGUAAGGAGAUUCCUAGAGAUACAUGGGGAGACCAUUGAAAAAGUAGUAUUUGCUGUUUCUGAACUUGAAGAGGCUAUCUACCAAAAGCCACUACCUCUGUAUUUCCCUAGAUCAUUGAAAGAGGAAAGUCUGUCAUUGCCAUACCUUCCUGCAGUUAUUGGAAAUGCAGAAGGGGAACCUGUGGCAUCUGAACAGCAGAUUAGAAUAAGUGGAAAACCUGGUGCUCCCUAGGAUGACCAGGAAGAGGAGGAUGAAGACCUUGGAGUUGAUCUCUCUUUCAUUGGCUCUCAUGCGUUUGCUCGAAUGGAAGGAGAUAUUGAUAAGCAAAGAAGACUGAUCCUACAGGGACAGUUAUAAGAAGCAGCACUGCAGAAGCAGCAUCAAAGAAAUUAUAAUCGAUGGUUAUGUCAAACAAGAUCUGAGGAUCUAUCUGAUAUUGCUUCUCUAAAAGCCUUAUACCAAACAGGUGUUGAUAACUGUGGCCGCACAGUGAUGGUGGUAGUUGGAAGAAACAUUCCUGUAACAUUAAUAGAUAUAGACAAGGCUCUCUUAUAUUUUAUCCAUGUAAUGGAUCACAUUGCUGUGAAAGAAUAGUUACUGUAUUUUCACACUCUCACCAGCAAAUACAAUCACCUGGACUCUGACUUCCUGAAGAAACUCUACGAUGUUGUUGAUGUCGAGUACAAGAGGAAAUUGAAGGCUGUAUAUUUUGUUCAUCCAACAUUUUGUUCAAAGGUAUCAACAUGGUUUUUCACCACCUUUUCUGUCUCAGGACUGAAAGACAAAAUCCACCAUAUGGACAGCCUCCACCAGCUAUUUUCUGUCAUAUCCCCAGAACAGAUUGACUUUCCUCCUUUUGUCCUUGCAUAUGAUGCCAGGGAAAACAGACCUUACUAUACAUCAUAUCCUCCAUCACCAGAUUUGUGA